AAUACAGCUUUCGCAGAGUGCUACAUUCUUAUUUAUAAAUUUCUUAAAUUUUCGACUUUUUCUUAGAACAAAAGUAGAAAGAUACGACAAUAGCGAGACAAGAGCUGCGCAUUUGCGCGGCGGCUUCGAAAAUUCUCCGGAUUCUUUCCGACCAACGGUGCGUGUUGCGUGCAAGACGGAAACAGACAACCAGAGAGAGAGCAAGAAAGAAGAGAGAAAGCACGCGUGCGAAAGAGGAAGAGAGAGCGAGGAUCUUUAAUCCACUCGGGGUGGUACACGACAAAUGUGGAAGAAUGGGCGUUCCGUCCUCGUGUUAUCGGCAAUAAAUCGAACGAGAUUGGGUCGAUUGUCCGGAAUCGAGGGAAACGGCGGUCGAACAGCGGCGAAUCAGGUACGUUCCGGGAAUCGCGGAAAGAAUCGCGUCUCAAGAUUUUCCACCGCGGCAGGGCGUUCUCCAGUCCCGAGAAUCCACCCCUCAUCGUCGUCGUCGUCACCACCACCACCACCACCGCCGCCGCCGCUGUUCGUCGCCGACUCGCCGUCAUUCGCGCGUAACUUCUCGCGGUACGCGCGACGUAUGAAGUACACCGCUUAAUCACGCGUUGUUAUUAGUGGUGGAAGACGUCGAGUCGGCGGCACUCGCUCACUCACUCGCUCGCGUCCCACGAGAUCGUGCGGAAGCGAGCCGCGCCGAGCUGAUUCACGCUUACGCACGCACCCGCCGAGGCCUCCGUGACGAUUCUUUCCAGCGGAAUCGUAUCGAGUGUCCCACCCCGCGGAUAUGCCCACGCUGAUACAACCGUUGGACUUCUCGCUUAGUGACGAGGGCGACGGUACGGACGCCGGAUUCGACCAAGGCGCCGCGAUGCAUCAUCAGGAUUCAUUGCACCAUCAGGAUGCCACGCAAAAUCGGGAACGUAACAAAUUGCUGCUACGCAAGCUGAGCCAGACGCGCGAGCGGGAGCGUGGCAAGGAGCGCGACCAAGAGCGCGAGAGACUGCAACAGUUGCAGUCGAUUAACAAUUUGCUGCUCGACAUAACACCACCGUCCCCGAGUUACUUGCAGGAUCUCUCCUCCUCCUCGCAGUCGGACAAAAACGUCAGCAUUGACGGCGAAAGUGCAAUCUCAGACAUGUUCGGGCUGAAUUUACCUCGGGGAUCAUUGAUGGGAAACCAAUCCACGGUUGGCUCUCCGAGUUAUCGUAAUUACCAAUUAGGCGGUUUCAGCCAGGGACCUUCUUCGCAACAGCAACACGAGUAUCAUCGCAAUCACGGUUUUUGCUCGAAUUCCUCUGGACUGGAUAUUCCAACUUCGCCGAUUUCGGUAACCGCUCCCGGCAGUCCCAGCACACCUGGCAGCUUCACGUCCGAUCCCUACGGUUACUCGUCUACUGCCAGUAACAGUACAAAUACACCGUCUUCGCCGACCAGUCGACCGUCAUUCCAAUACCCCGGCUCUUCGUCAUCGCCCACUGAUUCAUCAUACUUGGGUCGUCCUAUACGGGGUUGCUCUACACCGUACAGUGACUGCGGUAGUCCGACACUGGAAUUCUCUCAUCUUUUGGGAUGUAACGGCUCACGUUCCAAUUCACCGGCAGACUCGGAAACAAGCGGUAUCGGUAGCGUGGAUGGCUCCUUAUCGGAUAUAAUAAUGAACUGUUUGUCACUGAAUUCCUCGUCGAAUUCUUGCUUCCCGCCAGCCUUGGACUCCAUAAUAUCAAAGACGAACACGUGUCCCAGUAACAGGACAGCGUUCGAGCGUAUGGCUGUGAAGAAGUACUUGUCAUCGUUACAACAGAAUCCAACGAGUCCGCAUUAUUACCAGCAUCAUCACGGUCUCGGGCAAAAUCGCAGCAAUUUUCUCAAUUCUCUCUUGAAUCACGAGAAAAAUUGCUGUACCGGUCUUGGAAGUGCCGCGCGCAGAUUGGGUCAACCGUUGUCGCUUGAUCGAGUAGCACGAUCUCACCGAAACGCCGCUGCACAUUGCUACCCAACGUGCACAUGGAGCGGCUUCUUGCCACAGAGCACCGAGGAGCCGGUCGCUUAUUCUCCGAAGGUAUUCUUAGGAGGUGUGCCAUGGGAUGUUACAGAAGCUAUUCUCAUUUCGACGUUCAAACAGUUCGGGCCGGUUCGCGUCGAGUGGCCGGCAAAAGCACCGUCCGCUCAGCCGAAAGGAUACGCCUAUAUUAUAUUUGAAUCAGAGAAACAGGUCAGAGCGAUGCUGUCCUGCUGCACCCACGAUAUUACCAAUGGCAAGAAAUGGUAUUAUAAAAUUAUAUCUAAGCGUUCAAAGCCUAAGGAUGUACAAGUGAUUCCAUGGAUCCUUGAGAACAGUAACUACGUCAAAUCUUCGUCACAAAGACUCGAUGCGCACAAAACGGUAUUUGUCGGUGCACUACACGGUAUGCUAACGGCCGCAGGAUUAGCAAAAGUCAUGGAUGAUCUUUUCUAUGGAGUUAUUUAUGCAGGUAUCGAUACGGAUAAAUAUAAAUAUCCGAUUGGAUCCGGCCGUGUUACAUUCAAUACAAAGCAGUCGUACUUCAAAGCGAUCACCGCCUCAUUCAUAGAAAUUAAGACUGACAAAUUUACGAAGAAGGUACAAGUGGACCCGUACAUCGAGGAAUCGAUAUGUUCCGUGUGCGUUGUGCAACAAGGACACUACUUCUGUCGCGAUGUGGCAUGUUUCCGAUACUUCUGCCGCAGCUGUUGGCAAUGGCAGCACUCCGUGGAUUCGAUGUCGCAUCAUACGCCCCUGACACGGAAUUCAAAGACGAAUCAAGUGAUAGGAUUGAAUCCGAACUUCGGAGUGAACAACUGUCCACGUUCGACGUCCAGUACGACGAUAUUCUAGAGCGAGCGACGUCCGAGAAGAAAGAACAAGAGAAUACCUUGAACGCGCGUGCGACCGCAAUUCGGCGCACUUGUUUUUCGUUCGUUCGCGCGCGCGCGCGCACGUGCGUGCGUGCGUGCACGCCCACGAUCGUCUUCCUCGCCUUUUUGUUCCUUUUUUUUGACUCUUUCGGUUAACCGACGUUGCGCCGCCUGAAUCUAGAACGUUUAGGUAACAGGGUGCAGACUUAGUUUUUAUCGCGGAGCCGCGGACGGGCAUUCCGACGAUACGGGGACGAUAUGCCGAUUCACCGCCGAUUGAGCUUGCGAACGCGCAACGAUUGGGUUCAUUAUCGUUAUGCGUGCGUGCAAAAGGACAAGCUGAAAUAUUAAAAAUCAUAUUUGUCUAAAAGAAGUUCCUAUUGCGAACGCAGUUUUUUUUUACUACGUUCGAGCAAACAAUAUACUUUUAUUUAGUAUGUUAGAGCGAGAUAGAGAUAGGGGAAAAAAGAAAGAAAGAGACGGGUUCUCUUAUUGAAUUUUUUUUACCGCGAAAUAUAAGAUAAUACUAUCGUGCCAAGAGUUAGAUGCUAGAUUAUGCCACGAUCGUGCAUUAGGAAUACGCAUACGUACACAUAUACGUGUACGUAUGCGUAUAGUAGACAGACACACAUCAGCGUACACACGUUAUUUUCACGUUAAGGUCAGUGGGAGUCGAAUUGUGUGGCUUUCACGGUGACAAUAAUUUUUUACGCGAGAUGAUAAGGCCUCCGUUAAUUGAGCUGGGCUCGAUCAUAACCCGUAGAAUCCUCAGGAAAUCGCCAGCAGCGUCGUCAUAAUCGUGCACCUGUUCACGUUUAAGUAUAUAAUGUUACGCUUAUAAUAAUUAUGAAUCUCAAUUGUUACAUAUACAUACUAGAAAGAUCAUUCUAGAACGGCCAAAGUAAUUAUGCGAUAAUUAUUUGUUAUUAUUUCACACUCCGCGCGCGCGCGCGCGAUAUAUAUAUAUAUAUGUAUGUAUAUAUAUAUAUGUAUAUAUAUGUAUGUAUAUCCGAUUUAUGUGAUAUAACGGGAGACCCUCCGGAAGAUAUUAUACAACUCGCCGGGUCGUUCUUUCACAAUGCGAUACUUGUCGAUGACGUCGUUGAUUUUACGUUAGAUUACAAUGUAUCUAUGCAUUCGAUUGCGGCGAUCUGCUGCGUUAUCGAUCGCAAUCGACUCUGGAUUUCUGUAUUAUUAUAAAUAGCCGAGGCGAGUGGCUGUCACAGGUAAUUCGCUCACAUGGACUGUUUAACGGUUGACGAAAUGGAGAAGUACACGGUCUACGAUUCUGGUGCGGAUUGUAGUGAAUUGAUUCGUUUUUAUUUUUAUUUUUUUUCUUACUAUAUAUAUAAUUGCGUUACGCCUCUUUAUAAUAAUAAGGUUCAUCCUUAUCACCCGCGUUUCUCCCGUUUUGAUACAAUUUUGUUGAAUUAAAAGCCAUAUUUUUGCAGAUAUCUCAUACGCCUGUUUUUUUAUUCUUUUCCGUUGUGCAAUUCUGUUUUCGAUAUACUAAGAACUCAGCUUCGUUGACGAUAGAUACUAUCGGUAACUGUUGCGGGAUCUCAGAGUAGCAAAAAUGGAUGUUACUUUUCCGUUUUGCUUUUCUAGCAGUGUUAUCUUUUACGAAAAAACGUGAUUUUAUUUAUUCGAGUCGUGCAGUUAUGUUAAUAUAAGAAAAAGAGAGGGAAUUAGUUAUAAUGUUACUUAUGUCGUUCCCAAAUAUUUCAUUUUUUAUAUAGUGAUAUAAGAUUGAAAAUAUUAUAGCAAAGCUGAAACAGUUAAAAUCCUUUAUCCUUGUACUUCACAUUUUUACUCAUUAAUUUGUUUACUGCUAAAUUGAAAGUUUUACAUGAAAGCAUUUAGUGCUUUAUGUUUUAAGUUUUAAUGUUACAUACAGUUACAUUUUAGUGAUAAAUAGGAGUAAUACUAAGAGAGUAAUGUUGCUGAGAAAAAGUAAUUAAUAGUAAAAAUAAGGACAAUGCAUUUAGCAAUUGAUUUGCGACGGAAAUGUAUAGUGCAAAAUUUGUUAAACGAUGUCCAAGACUCUCCAUCCAGGUGAUAACAAUGAAUUUGCACGCAACAGUUAAAUACGAAUCUAAUAUCCUCUAAGAAAUAAAUUUGAAUAUGAUAUAUAUAUAUAUAUAUAUAUAUAUAUAUCCCGUUAAUUGUAUCACAUGUACAUGAUUCUCAUAACGUUACGACGAUAACGUGGUUACUACAUAUAUAGGCAAUUAUUUAAAAAAGAAAGUGCUUUAAAGGAUACAUCGACAAGAAUACAUAUACGUACUCGUUUGACGUGCUUAUAUAACAUUUAAUCUAUAAAUUAUAAUGUGCAACAACGAUGUUAUCGGUUUCAAUAGAUUUCAUAGGAAAGAAAUUUUAAUGAUUCUUAACUGUAGCUUAUCGCUUGAAAAAGAUUUCAAUAAGUCGUGCCUUUUAACGUGAUUCUCUCGUAGAUUUUCUCGUAUAAAUUAUUUUUUUAAUAAGCCCGAAUACUUUGUGAUGCUUACAGUCUACAUAAAUCUUCGAAUUUUUACUCUCACGUAAUUAAGAUGUUAAUUCUAAAAGAAUGAUCGAAGAAUAUCCCAACACAUUAUGUGCAUAUAUAUUUAAAUUCAUUAGAAUUCAUUAACUAAACAAAUAUGGAACUUUGAGAAUUUGUACAAACACAGGAUACGUGCUGAAUACAGUCAAGCUAGAAAUUUUUCAGCCUUACAGAGAGUCAAUCGAGAUAAUCAUGAGACUAGAAGAUAAAUGCAAAAUAUGUCAUAAUGCGUAUAAUGCGUGCUCGUUAUUUCUCAAUAAUUUUAUAGUUAUUGAAUAGUAACCGUGGAUUUAUUAAUUUUAUAAUGAUUAUUAAGCUCAUCGUUGAAAAAUAUGUUAUAGUUAUUUUUACGUGUUAAAAUUAUCCUGAUUAACAUUACAGGAUAAUUUAUUAUAGAAACAGAAGACUGUUAAUAGAAUUAACAGACUGUUCUAGUAGAAACAGAUCAAGUCGCACCGUUAAUCGGGAUUUAUCUCUCUCCUUCUAAUUUAUUAAAAUAAAUAAUUUUACAAAAUAGCAGAAAUACAUUUUUAAAUAAACUAAAACGAAGUUAUGCACAUUGAUGUAAUAUUGAGCUUGUGAUGAUAUAUUGCGAACAAACUCAAAAAUAUUUUAUGUUCGGAAGCAAAGUGCCUGUCGAAUUUUUUAGCUUCUAUUGAUAACUUUUAAGAAUUAAUUCGUAACAAUAUGGCAGUACUUGAUACUCAGAAUAUAAUAAAUAAAACGUUUUAUAACACUU